AUGGAUCGCGGCAAAUCUGGGCCGGGUAUUCGGGCGACCAAGAAGCAACAGCUAAGCCAUCCGCAGGCGGAGUUGUAUGCUCUCGGUUCCAAAUCGUCUGUUGGUGGUUCACGUGGUGACGAUGCCAAAUCUCGGGUCGUUGUCGGUGGUGUGGUAUCGGACCGCAAACGGGAAGCGUCUUCCUCGUUGGCGCUGGGUAGCGGUGGAGGUCCAACCGCGUCGAAGAAAAUGAAGCUUUCAGCUGUAGCGAGUGGUUCGAUAGGAGGUGGUAGCAGCGCCGGGUUGGGCGGCGUAUCCGGUGUCGGUACGAGUAAGAUCUCCUCCGGCGGAGACAGCUCUAGCUCGAGCAGUAUUCUCGAGUACUGGGAACAGUGUGCGAUGGAGUGUGAAUCAGUAGACCUGGCCGCGACCGUACUUUCGGCCAUUGAGCAACAAGACAGCGACAGCGUCGUGGGAUAUAUUUGCGGUGCAAUCAAACUGCUCAUAUCGCCGAAAUCGAAAUCUGAAUCAGUUUUAUCACUAUCGCUGCUGUAUCUGGCCCGUUUGCGGCCACAUUUGUUCUGUAACGAGACGAUCACGUCGGCAUUGAUCGCUGUGCUGAAGCGAGAUAGCGGUGGGAAUGCAUUCAAGGGCCGCAACAAUCCAACGAUGCAUAUUCUUGCGUGCAAUCUGCUCGCCCGAGGAUACAGCGAUAAAAAGCAGUGGCCAGAAAGUUUCAUCCGGACGUACAUUGAUGAUGCGAUCAAUGAUCGUGUGUGGGUGGAUUACGAGGAGUGUGCCCCGUUUACCGAUAAUAUUGUGGCAGCUUUCGGCACUAAAAUACCACCCAAGUGGAUGCUACAGCCGGAGCUGAGUACACUUAAUCCAACGACGCGUGACGGCACACUGCCCGACGAGGAACACUCAACGGACAGCGGGAUGUUUGGUGAUGCAUUGGGCAAAGAUCCGGAUGCAAAUCCACCCCGAUUUGGGCAUAUGCGUGAGCAGCUCGAGCGUAUGGUGGUGGACGCGAUGAAGGAUCAACUUAACCGUCGACAAGGGCCGGACUGUUCGACGAAGAAUUUGCUGCGAUAUAUCUCACUAACGUCCGGCAUGCUGGAGGUACGCGCUUAUAUUGUUCCGCGGCUAGAAAUAUGGAUCCACAACGGGAAGUUGAUUAAGUCGGUACAGGAACUGUUAACCUUCCUGUGCUACAACGUGACGGGCCAGAGUCCAAAAGAGCACGAGGUGCUCUCCAACUUGGCCAAGGUGCGAUUGAAAUCGAAACCACUGAUUAACAUCUUCAUGAUCGGGUUGAAGGAGAUGAUCAACUGCCAGCCGGAAAUACUAACCCCGCUAUUAAAGUAUGUCGUGCAGAAUGAACUCUCCAAUGCGCGUAACCCCAACAACAUGGGCAUGCUGGCGAUGAUGUUCCAGACGAAGCCGACCGAAUCGGCCGCCAACCUGGCGGAGAUCUAUCAGGAAUUUUUACUACAGCGUGAAGAUGUGCUGCGCACGUUGCGAUUCUUCCUUCGCGAGUUGGUAAAGAUGCUGCGCUACGACAUCAACCUGACCGUGUUCUGCAAGGUGCUGCUCCAAAACCGGACGGAUCUUACGCCGCAGAUUGCUAGCUCAGAAUUUCGCGAUCGUAUCUUCCACUCAAUCGUCGAUCUCGUGUGUCUGUGCAUGUUCCUGUCCGUGUCGCCGCAAAUACGCGAAGCAAACGUUUCCAUCCGCAGUGGUCGCGAAACGAAAAGUUCCACCGCAUUGAGUGCGUUCUAUCAGCAGCAGUCGAUCAUACAGGAUCAGGCACUCGCCUGGAUGAAGGAUGUCGUACCGAGGGUAUACAAACCGAUUGCUGCUAGCGAUUAUAAGGCGGCACUGCACAAGCUGCUGCUUUUAGAUUCUCCUGAGGCGUACGCCAAAGGGGAUCAGUGGCCACCGGAGCCGGAACGAGCUCCACUUCUUCGAAUGGUGUCCGAGAUUCCGUUGCAAGAGAGCCUCAUGCUGUGCAUACUGUUGAUUGGUAUUGAGAAGGAGAUUCCCUUCUCGAUACAGGAUACAAUGGAGAUUACGGAGCAGCUGGUUCGAAGGGCUGGGUCCCUGCGGCACAUGGACUACCCACCGCUGGAGAUCACCGAUCUGAAGAUUAUCGAGCUGCUGUUCAAGAUGUCCGAAUAUCACCAUCCGGAUAAUAUCGUUCUUCCGACGGACUAUGAGCCGCCCAAUCUCGCCAUCUCAUCCCUGUACUGGAAAACGUGGAUCAUUUUGCUGCUCAUCUCGGCCCACAAUCCCUCCUCGUUCGGAUCGUUCUGCUGGGAACAGUAUCCGAUGCUCCGGUUGCUGAUGGAGAUGUGCAUUACGAAUCAGAUUGGACCGCCGAAACCAUGCGAAGAAGAGCUCUCAGUAGCAGCCCUCGAGAAAGCCCAGAUAUUGGAGUUUGAGAACCAUCUUGCCUCGAACCCGAUUACGGAACAGAACAGUUUGCUUCUCUCCCAGCUGAUAUUGAUGGAUCCGCGUGGAGUAGCACGUCGACCACCGAAUCCGGUCCUAGAUCAGAUACAGCAACUUAACGUUAGUCACCGGUUGGGGCAUCUGUUGUGUCGCAGCCGCAAGCCGGACCUGCUGCUUGAGAUCAUCCAGCGGCAGGGAACGUCACAAUCGAUGCCGUGGCUGGCGGAUUUGGUGCAAAACUCCGAGGGUGACUUCAACCACCUGCCGGUUCAGUGUUUGUGUGAGUUUCUGCUUGCCAAUUCCGGCUCGGUCAUUGUUGAAGCGAGCCGUGAAGCGGAACUGCUGCUGUACUUGCAGCGUGUACUGCAGGACGAAACGGGCGAGCAUCAGAUGAUGAUCGGAGAGGUGCUGGAGUAUUUCCUUCGUCGGUUGUCAUCGUUCUCGAGUGCCUCCCGACAGGCAGCUAUUCGCGGAUUGAAGCUAUUGCUGAAAGUGUUCCAAGAGGAGUACGACCCUGGUGCCACCGUUCCGAUAGAGGCUAACAAUGGCGACUGGUUGUUACGCUAUCUGCCCAUGAUACCACACUUCCCGUACGUGAGACCGAGCGUGAUCGUACAGCUGCGCGCUGCCUGCCAGGUGGAGAACAUUCCCGAGCUGGUGAUGGUAUACAUCCAGUUCGUAGCGGCACAUAGCGCAAUAGAUGGCGAAGAAGCAAUGCUGGAACAUGUGAUGGACAUGUCGCAUCUGAUUGUUGAACGUACCACCGUGUUUGCGAACAUUAUCCCCACGCUAGCAGAUCCGAGCGAACAGCGCAUCCAGACGCUCAACUGUUUGUUUGUCAUGUUUAAUAACUUCCUGAUCAAGCUACGCGAUGCGAAGGUUAUACCACAUGCGUUCACCGAAUAUCCCGACCUGUUGCUGGUGCAAUUCGCCGACGAAAGCCAAUGUCACAUCCAUCUCAACAUCAUCCAGGCCUUCGUGAUACUGCUCACACAUUCGUCGUUCAUUUCGGUGGCGGGACAAAUAUUGGACUACUGGUUCCCGGAAGGUUCACCGCCUCCGCAAGCAUUCACGGUGGAUGGUUCGGAACCGGUGUGCAUUCUGCCCGACUGGCUGAAGUUGAAGAUGAUUCGCAGCAGCGUUGAACGGCUUGUGGAUGCCGCGCUGCAAGGGCUGACACCGGAUCAAAUUGUACUGUUUGUGCAGAACUUCGGCACCCCGGUCAGCUCGAUGUCGAAACUGUUGGCCCUGCUCGAUCGUGCCGUGAUCGUGCAGUACGAGGCGGUAAAUGCCGCCAUUCUGAACAAGAGCUAUCUCGCACAGCUAAUAGAGAUACAACGGGCACGCGGUGCCAAGAAUGGACACAUUUCGGUUAAGGCGCUAGAUUUACUGCCACAACAGUUGGCUACCGCUUCCGGGGAGCAAAAGAUGGUGAUCGAUGAAGAAAAGGAAGCGAAACCGCUGGUAGCAUCCGCAGAAGGGAGCGUAAUGGAGCCGUACCGAAUUGAGCUGUUGCCAUCGACUUCUGGCGCUGAUCUGCGCCGUUCUGUGUCUUCCGAUGCAAGGACUGCAUCCGGCUCGAAGACGAAGGAGAUCGAGGAAGCAAUCGAGCUGGUGCUUACCUGCCCAUUGAAGCUAAACCGCACCGCCAUGGGCAAGUACCGGAAGCUUAUUCAACGGCUGAUGAACUCAUCGUCAAAGUCACAGGAAUAUGCCGCUAACAAGUCGAUCUCGUACCUGGGCCGUUUGCUAAAGAGUCCCCAAGGUCAGGGUUUGAUAAAGGGAUUGGUGCAGAACUCGCAAGUUGUAUGCUUCUUUCGGGCGUUGUUUGAAACGCCAAUCGAAAAGUUUGAAAAUCUCAACUAUAUGUUGCAUGUGCUGGAUGAGGUUAUUCGUUGUAUUAAUCCGACGUCGAAUACCGUCCUGUUGGAGGUGUUGGUCAGCAAGCGGACGCAGAUGAUACGUCACGCCCAGAAAGAGGCGGGUGGUAUGGCGAAUGGGUCAAAUGGGAAGCAAGAAUCAACGGUCAGCACCUCUGGUGGUACGUUUGGCGGUGAAUUGCUGCAGGUACUCUCGACUACCAGAACUGCCGAUGUGGAAAAGAAAGGAAUGCAACAGCUGUGGCGCACAAGCCGGGAAACACUGAUCAGUGUCGCAGCCACCAUGCUGAAAGGAAACGGUAGCAGACCAGAAGGGAUGGAAGUGAAAAGCGAACCUGAGUGUAACAAAUGUGGGCUGCUGGUCGAUUGGGUGGCCGACGCAGACUCGGAGCUGAUUCGGGUCAACAAGGAGCUGCAAAUGGAGCUAUUAUUUAGUCGAAGCUUGUCGAAUUCGCGCCCAUAUCUGCUGUCGCUGAUGUCACAUCAGGCGAGCUGGGCUACACUGUACCAGACGGUGGACUUACUGAUGGGAUCGUUCAAUCCCGCGUACGAUCCCGCCUCGGUGUUAGAUUUCAUCGAUACGCUAACGCGCAAUCCGCGCCUUUGGCAGGGACGGGACAAAGCCGUACCGAAGCACGAACAGAUCGAGUAUAUCGUAACGCUGAACGUGGCGCAAUCUUGUACCUUCAUCGAUUACAUACUGGCGGAGGAAAACGGUGCGGCAGGGCCAGUUCGUCGUUUGAGUCAGCGCGUGAAGCUACUGUUACAGUGUUUACCGGGCAAAUUUUCCAUGCUGCUGGGUAUGGUGAUGUACGUGCAGGGCUGUGAGCGUCGCGCGAAUGCGGCCGACUUUGCUUCCGCGGCCAGAAAAUUUCUGCAACAGCUGUAUCUGAACCUACCGCCCAUGAAGUUUAUCCUGCCGAGCGUCUGUACGGAACUAUACCAGGCCGAUAUGCGCAACGAGCCCGGUGGAUGUGUGGCGGACAAGUUCACGUACUACAUCAUUACGACGAUCGCGUGUCUGAACAAUCCGCGCGACUUUCAAACCAUGUCCGCAGAAAUGGAGCUAAUUGUGCGGAAGCUUGCCGCAUCGCAUCCAACGCUACUGCUGCGACAGUUGUCCGUACUGUCCGCACUGCUACAGGGUCGUGCCCACAUGGAUCUGCACGUGCUGCGUUCGGAGUAUCACUUCCAUCUGUUCCACCAGGUGAUGGGCAUACUGGAGCUGUUGGCACCGCUCGUAUAUCACGAUUGCUAUCGUGCAGGGCUGCAGAACGGGCUGGAUUGUUUUUUCCAGCUGCUGAAGCAUCACGGUACAUUUAAGGAAAGCUACACACUGAUCUACCGCUUUGUCGAGUUUCUGCAAGCAUACAUCGGGGCAAAUCCGGCCACGGCCAUUGCCUUCAUAGAGCAGUACGGUGACGUGUUGAUCGAUCUUUCCCAUCAGCACUUUGAUUUGCACGCGCUGCAGCAACUGGUGCAAGGUCUGUCAAUGUUACGCCACACGGGCACAUUCGCUCGGAAGCAAUCCGUUGGUAUUCUGGCCGAUUUGGACCUGCUGGCAGCAAGCGCAGCAUCGUACGUCGGAAGGGAUGCUCAGCGCGCCAUCAACGAUAGCACCGUUGGUGAUAAACUGGGCGAUUCUGGCCGUGCAGCAGUGGGGCUGAUGCUGGCACCGGCCAUUAAGAAUGAUAUUCUACCGAACCACUGGACCGAGCUCGUCGCGGUGCUACGAUCCAGAGACAUCGAUGAAGUUUCUGUCCCGUUAAUGGAAUUGGACGCACUGUCCGUUAAGCGACCGGCACUGCUCGAAGACAUCUUUGACGAUGUGAUCCGGUUCGUGCAACACCCGUCGCCUACAAUCCGACAAAUGGCGCAUAAUCUGGUGACGCGUUGGUUGAAGCAGAGCCCGGGCAGCGUUGAUACGAAUGGGACGGCAUUGACUGCAUUUGUACAGUGUCUUAACCAUGAGGACGUUGCAGUGGUGCACAGUGCGCUGGACAAGACGACGGAGUACACGCUGUGUCUGCAGGAACACACGCCACAAAUAUUGAAGGCUGUCUUCGAGCUGGGCAUCGGAAGCCGGAUCAACACGUACAAUGCGCUACGGCGUUGUGUUCAGGCACUGAAGAAGCAGCAUGCCUGUUAAACUAUUUGAAGGGAUAGGAAUUAAUGUAGCACAGACAUAUUAGAGUAAGGUCAUAUAGAAUGUAAAAUAAUCUAUUCUUACCGUAA